UUUUCCACUUUAUACCUAAUAAUUUCAAGAAAAGAAUCUAGGAAGAAAAUCUGGACAAGCAAAGAAUCAACCUCACAAAAAGUUUUUGUCAGCCAAUUAGCUUUGAAACUUCUCAUUUGUACCACGCCUAGAAUCAAAGCAACUUCAUAAAUUGUGCUUUGUGGUAGGCAAAGGCAACAUCUACAUUUUGCAACCCAAAAAAAAAAAAAGAAGAAAACUUGUUCAUCUUGCUGAUCAUGGCUGAAAUUCUGUUCGAUCUCGCUGCUGAAAUCUUGAAAAGCUUGGGUUCUCUUGCUGCUGAAGAAGUAGGAUCUAUAUACAGGCUAGCCGAUGAGCUAGACAAGCUUUCUGAUACAGUUUCUUCCAUCCAAGCCGUACUCAUUGAUGUAGAGGAGCAGCAGGGAAGUAGAAACCUGGUGAAGGACUGGAUAAAAAGGCUUAAGAGAGUGUUCUUUGAAGCUGAUGAUCUCUUGGAUGACGUCGCCAUUGAAGUUAAGCAUCGAAAAUUGUUUAAUAAGGUAGGCAUCUUCUUCUCAAAAUCAAAUCCUAUAAUUUAUAACUAUAGGAUAAGUCAUCGUCUCAAGUCUAUUCGACGAGACCUAGAACUAAUUGCAAAUGAUAAGGCCUCCUUAAACCUAGUUGAAAGGAGGCAGCAACCCUUGCUUCCACAGCCUUAUUCAGUCCAGUUGAAUUUGGAUAGAGAGACUUAUUCAUUUGUGCCUGAAGGAGAAGUGAUUGGAAGGAGUGAUGAUAAAAAAAAAAUUGUGGAUUUUCUUUUGGAUUCUAAGGUUGGAGAGAAUGUUGUGGUCAUAUCAAUUGUUGGUCUUGGGGGGGCUAGGAAAGACCACUCUGGCACAAUGUGUGUACAAUGAUGAAAUGAUUAAAAAGAAUUUCGAUAAAGCAUUGUGGGUUUGUGUUUCGGAUGUAUUUAAAGUAAAAAUUGUUGAAUCUGGAGGAGGAGAGAAGGCUAAUUACCUUCAACUAAAUGCAGUGCAGAACGACCUUAGGGAAAUGCUUGAUGGGAAGAAGUAUUUGCUAGUGCUUGAUGAUGUGUGGAAUGAAGAUCACUUGAAAUGGUUGAACCUGAAGAAUAUGUUGAUCGGUGGAGCCAAAGGAAGUAAGAUUUUAGUGACUACUCGUUCAGACAUGGUGGCAGAAGUUUCGGGAAGUGUUCAUAAACAUAAAUUAGGAGUCCUUUCAGAGGAAGAAGCAUGGACAUUGUUUGAAAAAAUUGUAUUUGAAUGUAACAAAGAGCACGAAAAUUCGAAUUUGGUGAAAAUAGGAAAGGAAAUUGUGAGAAAGUGUGGAGGAGUUCCUCUUGCAAUAAGGACAGUUGGAAGCCUACUGCGCCUGAAAAGAACAGAGGAUGAGUGGAUGUAUUUCAAGAAUCAAGAUUUGUCAAGCAUUACACGAGGAGGAAAUGAUGUAAUGGACAUUUUGAGAUUGAGCUAUAAUCACCUUCCUCGGCAUUUAAAGAUAUGCUUCGCAUAUUGUUCCCUCUAUCCAAAAUAUUUCAAAAUUGGUAGAUUUGAUUUGGUUGAUAUGUGGAUUGCUCAAGGUUUUAUUAAAGCAAUUUCUAGCAACAGAGAUAAUUUGGAGGAUGUUGCGAAUUCAUAUUUCGUGGAUUUGUUAAGAAGGUCAUUCUUUCAAGAAGCGGAAGAACAUGAAUCGUUUAUGCAAUUUUACAAAAUGCAUGAUCUUAUUCAUGAUCUCGCAAAAGAAGUUGCAAACGGCGAGUUCUUCAGUAUCAUUGAAGCAGAAGAUACAGCGAUUGUCCCUGAUCAAACUCUCCAUGCUUCUUGUUUAUUCAAGAUUGAUGGUUUAUCGGCAUUUCCCCAUUCAUUCUAUAGAAAGCAUAUGAAGUUGCGAACAAUUAUGUAUCUAAAUAAUUAUUCAAUCAGUGUCAUGAGCAAUUCAGCUUUUGAAAGAAUGCUUUCAAGUUUUGCACGUUUGCGUGUUCUAUAUGUAGGUCAGUUGGAUAUAGAGUUUCUGCCUCAAUCUUUAGGUGGACUGAAGCAUCUGCGAUAUCUCUCUAUUUCUUCUGAAAGCAUUGUUACUUUACCAAAUACCAUAACAAAAUUGCAUAAUCUACAAGUUCUGAAGUUAGAUAAUUGCAGAAAACUCAAAAAUUUGCCAAGAGAUAUUUGGAGAUUGGUGAGCCUUCGACGUUUGGCAUGUCGAGGGUGUAGCUCAUUAACCCAUAUUCCCCCAGGACUUUUGCAGUUGACAAGUCUGAUGCAUUUGGAUUUUGAUGGUUGCUCCUCCCUGAAAGAUAUGCUACCUGGAAUGGGUCAAUUGACAUCUCUACGGACGUUGCCAAGUUUUAUCAUAGGCAAAGAAAGUUUCAUAUCUGGUGAGGCAAUUGACAAGUUGAAUGAACUAAAAGGCCUUGUUGAUCUCAGAAAUAGCUUAAGCAUUAAAUUAAUUGGACGAGUCCGUGCAAAUGGACGAAGAACACCGACAGAUAUAGUGAAAAGGAUGAAGCAUCUUCGACAGCUGAGUGUACAGUUUAGAUAUGGAUUACUCGGGGAUGUUGAUACUGGAGCUGAUCUGAUGAUGCUGGAAGCCCUGCAGCCUCACCAAAACAUUGAAAGAUUGCGAAUAUAAAAUUAUAGUGGGUCAAGGUUUCCAAGUUGGUUGAUGGUUGAUAAUCUUGGCCUUUUGCUGCCCAACCUUGCUCAUCUACACAUAAAAGAUUGCAAUAAAUGCCAAAAGCUUCCACCGCUAUGGAAACUGCCUUCUCUCCAAAGUCUUAAACUAUGGAAUCUUGACGAACUUGAAGGUUAUGAUGAUAAAUUCAUGCAACCGUCAAAGACUCAUGAACGCUACUGCUUCUCUUCCCUAAAACAACUUGAAUUGCAACGAAUAAGUGAGAAGAUAUUGAAGCAAAUUCUUUGCCCACCUCCUCAUCAUCCUUCUCCUCUUUGUAAUUUGAAACAUUUGAGUCUAUAUUCUGUUGAAGGCCUAGCAACUAUGCCAGAGGAUGUGUUCAAGAAUCUUACGUCGCUCCAAUCUUUGAUUAUCCGAGAUUGCAAGAAUCUGGUCUCCCUAUCGACAAAUCUAACUCAUCUCACUUCCCUUUAUGAUUUAUAUAUAUCAAAUUGCCCUCUGCUUGACUUGUCCGUAGACGAAGAGGCAAUGCAUUUUGAAGUAUGGGGGAACUUAUCAACUCUCACUCUUCGGGGGCUUGACAAGCUAAUGUCUCUUCCACUGUGGCUCCGACAUUUCUCAACUACUUUGAAAUCAAUACAUAUUCAUGGAUGUCCUAAAUUGGCAACAAUUCCAAAAUGGAUAGGCGACCUCAUUGCCCUUAAUUUGUUGGCAAUUUAUGAUUCCCUUAUGUUGACAUCCUUGCCAGAAGGCAUGAGAUCUCUCACAGCAUUGCAAACGCUAUACAUAGCACUGUGUUCAUCAAUUCUGAUGCAAAGAUGCAAGAAGGAAGCAGGAAAGGGCUGGUCUAAGAUUGCUCACAUCCCAAAUGUUAUGAUACGAGGUCACCGUCUCCCAUGGUUCAGGAUGGCUUAAAGGAAAAUGUUGGUGUUUCAAGUAUGUUCUGGGGAGUCAGUUAAAAAGUUGAUAAUUCAGUGGAAUUGUUUUAAGGAUUCCAUUUCCAUGAUUUUUUAUUGAAUGAUUCUGUUGGCCCUUGAAGUCAAGUGGACACUGUUUUUGGCAUUUUCUUCAUUUCCGUGUUUGCUAUUUAAUUUUAUGAUGGGUUGAUAUAGCUUUGCAGAUUCUUUAAUUCUCACCUUGAUGUUUGUUGGGGAGUAAUGUAUAGUCAUAGGUUUAGUUUAGUUUCUCAAUAAUUUUGUGUUUAGUAUCAAAGCUCCGAAUUAAUGUUACACUAUUAAAUGGUUUUUUU